AUGGAAACUUCCUUAACGGUGGCUGUCAUAGACGCUGGUCUAGCAGGACUAACUGCUGCUCGUGAGCUUCAACGAGAAUCCCACCAAGUUGUGGUGUUUGAAAAGUCACACCGACUCGGUGGGACUUGGGCCUAUGAUCCACAAGUGGAGUCUGAUCUACUUGAAAAAGUAUACCAUGAUCCACAGAAGUUUCCUAGCCAUGACGAAGUUCUAAAGUUCUUGGAAGAUUUUGCAUGUAGUUUUGAACUCACCAAGUUGAUUCGGUUCAAUACUAUGGUGACAAAAGUGGAGGUCUUGGAUUCAGGGAUCACCCAGUUUGUGGUAGAGUUGAAUACAGAUGGGGUGCAUUCGGUGGAGGUGUUCGAUGCAGUUGUGGUUUGUAAUGGUCACAACAGUGAACCUCAACUGACAACUGAUAUUCCACGUACUGUAAGAAAAUCGGGAUAA